AUGGCCUACGUAGCCGAGGAGGAGGAGGAGGACCCUGAGGAGGUGGAGCCGUGGAUUUCCUCCGACUCGGAGCCGGACGAGCACCCGGCGCCCGAGCCGCGGAGCCCUUCCCCCGACACGGAGCCGGAGCAGCCGCCGCCGCCGGCACCGCAGUCGCCGCCUGCGCCGACGAAUUCGGCGUCCGAGGCGGCGGAGGAGGGGCAGAAGGCGGCGCCUUGGCCCGGGUUUCCCGGCGCGAGCGUGUUCCGGCUGGUCGUGGCCGGGGACAAGGUGGGCGGUCUCAUCGGCCGCCGGGGCGAGAUCGUCAAGCGCCUCUGCGAGGUGACCCGCGCCCGCGUCCGCGUCCUCGACGCCGCGGACGGCGUCUCCAGCCGGAUUGUCUUGAUAUCCGCAACAGAAGAAACACAAGCAGAACUGGCACCUGCUAUGGAUGCUACAGUUAGGAUCUUCAAGCAUGUAAAUGAUAUAGAAGGGAUCAAUCCUGAUGUCACAUUAUCUGCUUCUGCACCAGAAAUUUGUUGCGCUAGAUUACUGGUUCCUAAAGCACAAGCGGUGCACUUAAUUGGCAAGCAAGGAACCAUGAUCAAGUUAAUGCAAGAAACUACUGGUGUUACCAUAAGGAUUAUAGAUCAAGACGACCUUUUGAGCAAUCAGAUGGUGGUUGAAAGAAUUGUGGAGAUACGUGGUGCUUCCCUCAAGGUCCUCAAUGCCCUAAAAUCAGUACUUGGACUUCUCCGGAAGUUCCUAGUUGAUCAUAGCGUCCUUCAUCUAUUUGAAAGAAAGAACCAAGCAAUGGUUCAGGUGCAGGAUAGUUCUGAAGAAAAUCAGGUUACGGUUACCAAUGGUUAUGCUCUUCCAGUGAACCAGGACCUUUUGUUAUCUGACAGUCGAAGUCCUCUCAACAUGAGUGGCAGCAGAUAUUUGUUGUAUGGACGAGGCCCAUCUGUUUGUGACCCAUAUUCAUCAGAUAUCAGACACCCAACCGUUCCCUUAAUACCGAAGAUUACGCAGACAAUGCAGAUCCCUUUGCUGCAAGCUGAAGAGAUAAUUGGUGUCAGGGGACGGACCAUUGCUCAUAUACGUUCUGUCAGUGGAGCGGUGGUUGUCCUCGAGGAAACUGGAAAUUAUCUGGAUGAGGUUCUAGUUUCAAUCAAAGGCACUUCUUCGCAAGUUCAGACUGCGCAUCAACUCAUACAGGAGGUCCUACUGGGCGACAGAAAAGUUCUACCACCCAGGAGCAGCGGCUACGGCAACCCUGACGCUGGCCCGGUCAGGCCGCGGUUCGACCCGUGCGGCGCUCCAGCGAGUCCGGAGUACGCCCCGCCUCUGUACAGCGACUACCUGUCAUCGUCCAGCAGCGUCCGCCACUAUCACUCUGCUGCUUACCACGGGUACAGGCUGUAG